GAUUAUUGCAGAAAGAACCACACUGACCUGGCCACAGUGUCUAACCAGACAGACAUGCAGAGACUCCUUAACUCCACGACUGAACAGUAUCAAGGUGGAGCCUGGAUUGGGCUGCAAAACAACACAACAAACACUGUGUGGCGCUGGUCUCAGUCAGGGGUGGAGUUCAACGAGACUGAGAGUGAAUGGUCUCCAAGACAGCCAGAUAAUUUAGGCAAUCAGGAGAACUGUGUCAGGAUGCAGGAUGACACAUGGAAUGACGACUCUUGUACUAAAAGAUAUAAAUUUAUCUGCUAUGAAGAACAUAAGAAAUCCGGCAAAACAUUUUAUAUCAGUAACGAUGAGAAGACCUGGCUAGAGGCUCAGAGGUUCUGCAGAGAAAAUUACACUGACCUGAUCAGUGGAGUCCAACAGCUAGAAGACUUCAAGACACAGCGCCAGAAUGAUUCAAACCAGUCCCAGAAUAAUGUAGGACAGUCCCAGAAUAAUACAGGACAGUCCCAGAAUAAUACAGGACAGUCCCAGAAUAAUGUAGGACAGUCCCAGAAUAAUGUAGGACAGUCCCAGAAUAAUGUAGGACAGUCCCUGAAUAAUGUAGGACAGUCCCAGAAUAAUACAGGACAGUCCCAGAAUAAUACAGGACAGUCCCUGAAUAAUGUAGGACAGUCCCAGAAUAAUGUAGGACAGUCCCAGAAUAAUACAGGACAGUCCCAGAAUAAUACAGGACAGUCCCAGAAUAAUACAGGACAGUCCCAGAAUAAUGUAGGACAGUCCCAGAAUAAUACAGGACAGUCCCAGUCCCAGAAUAAUGUAGGACAGUCCCAGAAUAAUGUAGGACAGUCCCUGAAUAAUGUAGGAAAGCCCCAGAAUAAUGUAGGACAGUCCCAGAAUAAUGUAGGACAGUCCCAGAAUAAUGUAGGACAGUCCCUGAAUAAUGUAGGACAGUCCCUGAAUAAUGUAGGACAGUCCCAGAAUAAUGUAGGACAGUCCCUGAAUAAUGUAGGACAGUCCCAGAAUAAUACAGGACAGUCCCAGUCCCAGAAUAAUGUAGGACAGUCCCUGAAUAAUGUAGGACAGUCCCUGAAUAAUGUAGGACAGUCCCUGAAUAAUGUAGGACAGUCCCAGAAUAAUGUAGGACAGUCCCUGAAUAAUGUAGGACAGUCCCAGAAUAAUGUAGGACAGUCCCUGAAUAAUGUAGGACAGUCCCAGUCCCAGAAUAAUGCAGGACAGUCCCUGAAUAAUGUAGGACAGCCCCCGAAUAAUACAGGACAGUCCCUGUAUAAUGUAGGACAGUCCCAGAAUAAUGUAGGACAGUCCCUGAAUAAUGUAGGACAGUCCCAGAAUAAUACAGGACAGUCCCUGAAUAAUACAGGACAGUCCCAGAAUAAUGUAGGACAGUCCCAGUCCAGAAUAAUGUAG